AUUGGUCCUUUUUGAAUUUGCCGGCUGGAGAAUCAUGGCUUUCGCUGCAAACAAUAACAAAACAACCAACACCAUGCCGACUGCACCGCAGGAAAAUAUGAGUGUCGUUACUGAAACGCCUGUUUUGUCUCAAAAUGUCGUUGUCAUCCACCCUGGGUCGCAAAAUCUGCGGAUAGGAAGGGCCGUGGACUCGAAUCCCGUCACCAUUCAUCAUGCCAUAGCUAGGAGAAGGUUGAGGCACGACCGGCAUGAUUUCGUUCACGAGGACAAACUCCUUCCGCCUUUUUACGAGGAUACUAAUUUAUUAGCUGAAUUGGACGAGUCGAGGCUGCAAGUCAGUCACACCCUGCAGUCGUGUCUUCAGUCUGAUGGCUCGAGGAGGUACGCCACACCGCCUCAGCAGAUUUCCGCUUUUAAUCGUAGAUCUCAACCCGAAUUGUUGCACCAAAACAAGUCGGAAAUGCUUGCCGAAAGCGCUGACGUGAUUAUAGGCGACGAUGUUCUCAAAAUCCAUCCAGACGCCAAUUACAACAUUCACUAUCCAAUAAGGAGGGGACUGUUGAAUUUGCACCCUGGCGUCGGGGGCUCCCUCACCGCCGUUCUGCACGACCUGGAAGCCAUCUGGAGCUACGCCAUUGAGCGGAAACUGCGAAUCCAAAGAAAGCACCUCGCUGUGUACAAAGCUGUUCUAGUGAUCCCUGAUAUUUACAACAGAAAACACAUCUCGGCCCUAGUAAACUUGCUGCUGACCAGAUUGAAUUUUGGUUCUUGUUUUUUGGUGCAAGACCACGUAGCCGCCACUUUCGGCGCGGGUCUCGGCUCUGCGUGUGUUAUCGACGUUGGGGACCAGAAAACUUCUAUUUCCUGUGUUGAUGAUGGAAUGUCCCAGCCAAGCACUAGAAUAAGACUGGAUUACGGCGGCGGAGACGUAACUGUCGUUUACUUCUGGCUGCUCCAAAAGUGUUCCUUCCCGCACAAAGGCUGCAAUCCGACCAGAAGAAACGACGCAAUUCUCUUGCAAAAGCUGAAGGAGGAUUUCUGCCAUGUUGACCUGGAUAUUUGCGGACCGAGUGAAAAAUCGUUUAAUGUGACCUCUACAGACGGCGUUGUCAAGAAAAUUACCCUGCAGGUGGGAGACGAGUGCCUGAUCGCGCCGCUCAGCCUGUUCACCACCGACCUGCUCGCAAUCACUGGAACGAAAAGCGUGCACGGCCAAGUUCCAUAUGAAUUCCAACCUGAUGAUCCUCACGAUGCCAAUUACUUGCGAGAGACUAGUAGGAAAGGUGCGAAAGAAACGCUAGACACCCCCGGCGGCGACGGCCAAGCAAACCUGUCGGGUCUGGGCAACAUUCCCCUCCCUCUGGACAUCAGCAGUGUGAUGGAGGAGGACAUCGUGGUCGACGCCCUUGACCCGAACUUCCACGCCAAUUCGCUUUUGACGGCGGCUGGAAAUAUUUUGCAGGAGAAGGAGAUUUUCGAGUCGGACAUUCUGCUCAGCAUUGACCAAGCCAUCAUGCAAAGCAUCGAAAGAUGUCCUGAGGAACUCAAGAAAAAAAUGUACUCUUCGAUUUUGGUCGUGGGCGGAGGCAUGAAGUUUGUCGGAAUUAAUACAUGGCUCCAGAACAAAAUCAGUCUGCAAAUUCCCUUCAUGUACAGAAGUGACCAAAUGGAGGUUGUCACGUCCGUGAAGGAUACAGACCCGCAAAUCAUCACGUGGAAAGGCGCAAGUCUGAUGGCCACUUUAGAGUCUGCGUCUGAACUGUGGAUCAAUUCUCAAGACUGGAUCGACAACGGUGUCAAAGUCCUCAGGGAAAAGGCUGCGUUCAUUUGGUAGAACUGUUAAUAAAUUUUAACACAUCGAUAUAUUAUGA